UAAAAAGCUAACAAGGUAUGCUCCCGAGAUGACACACGCCGAUUUUGAUGAAAGUUGGUAUGCAACUUGCACUACCCUUGGGUGUUCUGGAAUGGCUAUCAAAAGUUGCCCAAUUUCACAAGGGAGGGUAGUUUCCAUUAAAACGCAUGUUAAAAACGAUCAGAUGUAGGCAACAAAAGCGUCCUCUGUGUAUAUAAGUUGCCUACAUCUGAUUUCUCCAAUGUAAUUCCAAUUACAUGGAGUUUAAAUGGCAAAAAUUAAACAAGGAAAAUUGGGCAAAAAUUAAUGACCGUUCUGGGGUACCAAUGGGUAGUAGAAGUUGUGCACCAAUUUUCAUUGAAAUCGGGGUGUGUCAUCUCGGGAGCAUACCUUGUAAGCUGGCGGGCCAAGAAGCUCUGCUCACUCCUCCUUCUAUUUCUGAAUCGGCUGCUGCACAGAAGAGGAGCCCUGCCUACCCGCUCUCACUGUCAGCGAGUGAGAGAAUUAAAAUGCACGGCUGUAGCAGGGAUGGAGCAACAUGGCCGAUUUGGCGGAGCGAGUUGACGAUCUGAUCUGCACUUUCGAGGGUGGAGGCGAAACCACGAUGGACACCGUGGCGAUGUUGAUAUUCGGCUGGAUGGUGUUCGGCCUGUUCGUGCUGGCCAUCGGCAAAUACAUCUACCAAAGGUUCGUCGGCGGCCUGCCCGAGGACGCCAAGCCGGUCAUCGAAGACAUCUCGGCGGUCACCAUCCCCACAGUCAGUGUCGAGGACGGCGCCGUCGUGGUCAAGCCCGUGCCGCCCACCCCGCCGGUGCGCCGCCGGCCCGUCCCCAAGAAGGUCAGCCCGGGGCCCGCGCCCCUCCCGACCGCCUCCAAGGGGGGCCUCCAGAAGGCCGGCAGCCUCAACUCGCACCUCAACCACCACGCUCGCCAGGGUCUGCAGCUGCUGAACGCGCCCCAGGCCACUGGGCCCGACGGAGACAGUGUCCGCUGGGUCAACAGGGUCUUCCAGUGGCUCUACUGUGACCUCACUGCCGUCCAGGAGGUCAUCAACACCUGGAUACUCAACCUCAACGAGUUCACCAAAAAGUCCGUCACCGAGCAUGGAGUUGGCGUGGAGUUUGUCCGUGUCUUGCCAGAGUCCCAUUCACCCACCUUGAGCAGCGUGUUCUCCGAGUGCGCACCAAACGAAGAUGUGACGAUCACCUGUGAUUUUGAAGCUACACCAGCUUUGCAACUGAAAGCUUUCCGCCAGAAAGGAGAGAAAGUGGAAGUGUCCCAUUACAGAGUAAACGUUAACCGACUGAGGGCUAGACUUAACCUCUCUGUCCUAACUGAAAAAUUGCUGGUCGAUGCCAAGUUUGAUGGCUGGCCAGACAUCAAAGUCGCACUGGCUCAGGUCGGCAGCAUCCGAAACUCACUGGGCAGUGACGAAGCUGCAAUGCAAGAGGUCAUCAACGACAUUGUCGUCACGGCCAUCAGGAGCUCAUCGAUUCACCUUAACUUUUCCAAGUAUAACGCUUGCCCUCGCUUUGAUAGGUACAUGGCUCCUGCUACGCCAGUCUUGCCUGUUCACUAUGAUAGUAUGAGCAAUCACACCCGUGCCGCUGCCGAAAAGAGGCUGCUUGUUAAAAUUGUUAAAGCUGCUAAUCUUGGGUCUGAUAAAGGUUGUGUAGAGCCUUAUUGUGUGGUUGAAAUGGAUGAACCUGCCCAGAAAUUCUCCACCACCUUCAGGUCAAACACCAACUCUCCCAUUUGGGACGAGCAUUUCAAAUUUGAGCUAAGUCCUAACACCAUGGAGCUGAUGUUUGAAAUUUACGAUCGAAGCGACCAUCGAUUCCUUGGUCUUGGAAUCGUAGGAGUCGAGGAACUCCUGGCCAGCCCAAGUCAACGUCAAGUGAUUCUUUUGCAGCCUCGGCCUUAUGAAACAGACCAAGUGUCUGGCUCCUUAACUGUUGAGUUCAUGUUUGUUGACAUCAAUGAUGGACCUUUAAUAGGCAGGCGCGGGGAAAUGCCUCUGAAGCUUAAAGAGACUGUAAAAUCUGUUUCUCCUACUGGUGCUGUAAUAACCACAACAAAGACUGUUUAUUCUAAAGGUAAGAAAUUAUUUUAUCUGCAAUUUUGCGUCCUGAUUCGCAAAAUUCUAGAUGGUGUAGCCAACGGAGUAGAUGGACUAGCUGAUUCAGCCUUGAGAGAAUUGGAACUGCGCAAUGCUAGAACUGGCGCUAAUACACAAGCUAGCAAGAGCACUUUAAUAAUUCACAGUGUACAAAGGCAAACACCCCAAAGGCCGGUGGUGAAGGUGGAACUAACUGAAGGUGGACAAUGGCAUGAAGUCCCUGAAAUUGUACAACCAGAGCAAGGUACCAGAGAAGAAGCAGAGCUCCAUGAUGGUGAAGCGACAAACGGAGUGAACGCUACCUUGCCUGAUGAGCGAGGCCGCACAAAGAAAAAGAAGCGAGAUUUCUUCGGCACCAUCAAAAAACGCCUAAGCCGAAGCAAAAACCGUUCUAAGUCGGUGGACCCUAGUUUGAGAGACGAGUCUUUGGGAAGAGAUGCGUCCCUUAAUCGCUCUGUUUCUGCAGACAGAGCAAGAGACGCAUCGGCUAGCGAUCCAAACAGAAGUGUUACGGGAUACCUCUCAGUGCCCAAGGGUCUUGAUGGGUCCACCAGGUCGAGCCUGAGUGAGGCCAGCGGCAUCAGCGGUGCCAGCACAAGAACUUACGUAAACGACGCUUCGACUUUGGUGCUAGAAACCAUUGAGAAUGGAGUGAAGAAGCACUAUUUAGUUCCUCUUUCCUUGGCGCAGCGCAGCAAGUGGCGCAAGAAGGGUGUAAAGCUGCACAUUUAUAAUGAUCACACCUUUGUAGCCAGGCACUUACCAGGUGGAACUGUUUGUACAGUGUGCACCAAGUCUGUAGCCAGGCGGAUUGGCAAGCAGGGUUACGAAUGUCGGGACUGUCUUUUGCGCUGCCACAAACACUGCCAUGUGAAGGCGGACACCACAUGUCCUAACUCAACAAUCCAGAGCAUUGAAUUGUCUCUGCUGCCUGUACUCAGUGAAUAGGCAAGUGAUGCAGAACUCCCCACUUGGUCCAAGUAAACUGGCAACAAUGUCAUCAUGACCUUGUUAAAUGUUUGUGAUUAAAAAGUGAACAUACGUCAGUGCGGAAGCCUCUGCAGCACGUUAAAAGAAAAGAUAUUAAUAAUAGUCCGGUGAUGAUUGAUUUGACCACUGAGAAAUAAUCACGAUGUACACUUUCUCAAUUUUACAAUUUUAAAUGACGCGCUGAAACUAUGUAAGCAAGGAAUCUUGAUUUGCUAUUCCUUAAAUAACAUUUAACUUAAUACCGUGACAGUCGCAUACAGUACUUAAUGCCCAGGUAUGUACUGCUUGAAUCAUUUAAUUUAAUGUUUCUCGUAAGGAAGACAAUAUCUAUAAUUUUACUGCGGGAAAUUAGUUGAUCUGAAUGUGAGAAUCUUAAUGAAAACACUGUCUUUGAUUUUAUUUUCUUUUAAAAAAUGUGAACUCUUAGUUUUUAAACACUUCUCUGCAAUUUGGAUCUGGUGUUUCAUUUUGGUAGGUUGUCUGUGUCAAAGACUGGUUACAUAAUUAUAUUGAAAAACUGAAAUUUUGGAUUGUUCCCACCCUAUGUUUCUUAUAUACGAAAUUUAUGAAAUAUGCAAGAAGUGAAGCCUCAACAUUGGCCUUAAUGAAACUUCACUUCAACUAUGCCUUCUUGUUAAUGUGAGCGAAAUUAAAUAAACAGCUUUUAAUAUGAAAA